GAAGACGAUUCCUGGGCGAUUUGGACUGCAUCGUAUUUGAACAUCCCAGUUGUCCUUGUGAGGGACGAGGAAGAAGCAGUGGAUCGGCCUGCGACGGCCGCCGAGGCUUCAGCAGAGGAUCGGCCUGUUACGGCCACCGAGGUUGCAGCAGAGGAUCUGACGGUUACGGCCACCGAGGAUUUCGCUACAGAGGACGCUAUUCGAAGCGUCGAGGAAUCUGCUGGCUAUAGCACCGUCCCAGUCACAGCCGUAUGGUCCAGCGCCUACAGCAAGGUCAUCAGGUGCCGCUACUGCUGGAUCCUCGUUGCUGGCAUUUUAAGAGCUGUGCCAAAGCGUGGCCCCUACACCUUUGUAGGGCGACGCGUGGCAGCGCGACCUGCCGACGUAGCGUCGGACGCUACUAUGGCAGGGUCAGGAGUGAGCCAAGCAGCUCCUCCGGAGUCUGCGUAUGCGGAGCCUGUUCCGCAUCGAUUGCAGCUCUUCGCUCCGAGCGGCAGAAGGCUCACCGGCCGAGGGUUGGAGCUUCGGAAUCGCCUAAUACCUAUGCUUUACGGUGGCGAAGAAGAAGCGGCCGAAACACCACAAGCAUAUCCAAUGCUGGGAGGCCCGGAUUCUGUGGACGACUACAGCGACCCUAUGCCUCCAGAGACACCGACGAUCUUUGGAAGGGAGUAUGCAGUGACUGCUACCACAUAUCCUCAGCGACUGCACAAUGUGGCUGUGGAAGCGGCUCCUCUAUUUAUGGAACGUGGUACGCUUACCGAGGACUUGGUCGAGCGCUCCGAAAGGAGGCGAUUGCAGUUUCAAAUCGCCUCGGUCUACUGGUUCUGUGGAAUCCAGCGGGGCGAAGUCGUGGACCUUCUUCGAAACCCCGAAUCACCGCUGAGCCUCGAAGAGGUGUUAGCGUACAA